AUGAAUAAUAAUCGAAAUAGUGGGCUGGAUAACAAGGGGAACAGCCAUUAUAUAUCGCAAAAAUCACAUGCGCCAGUCGAUCGAAGUGAUUAUAACUGUACCCAAAGCCAAUCUAGAUUGGUGGGUAGAAGGAAUGUGUUCAGCGCCCAUUUGAACGGAGAAUUGCAACCGCAACGGUCACUCAUAACCUUAACUGAACUAAAUAUCAACAAACACCCCAACUUGAAACCUCAGCACAAUCCAUUUGACAAAUAUGGCUGUAUAUUACCUAGGAAACCAUUACGGGAGACUCUUUCAGCACCAGCUAUAAUAAAAACAACCCGGAGUGAAAGAAGGAAUUAUAAUAUCCCAUCUGAUGAUAAUAAUAGCAGCUUUCUAACCCAACCUGCUAAUACACGGCAACAACACUUUGACUCUAACCCCCAAAAUAUCAUACACACUGUCAAUAUCCACAAUACUAUACCAAAUACACUUCCUAAUACUACGCUCAAUUACGGAAGGAGUAAUUCUCGAUCAACAACUGUACCUGAUGAGUUUAAUGGACUUGAAAUGGGCACUCCCUUGGCUGGGCAUCAAACGUAUAGAGAAGAAGCCACCGUUUGUCAAAAUGUUGGACCAGUUGAGGCAGCAAAACGAUAUUUAAAGGAUGCAUUUGAAACCAGGAGGGCUACAAGUAGGGCCGAUAUGGCACAUGAUAUACCAGAUUUCUAUAACACAAAUGAGAUGUUAACUGGCCGUCAAUUUUGGCACAAAUUGUUCCAACCUAAGUACAUAAAUCGCACAACUCUAGAUCCAACGGAAGCAGCUUCUUCCACUAACAUAUUGAAACGACAUAAAUCAAUUGAUAGAAGCGAAGAAGCUACUCCCCCAAAGGGAAAACUUCAGGAAAUAUCUAAAUUACUUAAAUCCGCGAAGGAAUCCACGAAUAUCGAGUCAUUUGAGCAAUCAUUGAACAAAUUGCAGAAUGUCGUAAAUUUGAUGCUCUACGAACAAUUGUUGCCCACGAUGGAUAAUUUGGAUAGUGAAUAUAGCAAACCUGUGACUAUACAACCGGAGGAUAUUCCAACGGUGAGGGAGAUCUCCAUGAACGAUAAUGCCAUAGAGUGUGAUAAUCUUGUUUACGAUGCAUGUACUAUGUCUGCCAAGCGUAAUUUGGAUGGUUUGGGCACCCAUAUCGGUGAGAUUUACGACGUCAAUGAUGAAUUCAUGUCAACUGAUCCGGUAGAUUAUGCCACAUUAGUCACCCGAUUUGGUAAAGUGUUUUAUUCCCCAAAGUUUCAAACGGACAAGUACGUUUACCGCUAUAUUAUUUUGCCAAAACAAUCUCAGGAUGCAGCAGAAGCGUUAUGCAAACAAAGGGCCAUUUUAAAGAAUAGUGGACAGAAUGAGAUAAAUUCCCCUGUAAUUGCAUGUGAAAAAUCCAAAUUUGUGCGAUUCCUAGACGAGCCUGAGAUUCUCAGACAAUUGGGAAUUCACAUGUCUAGUGGUUGGCAGCAUUUUUUUGUAUUUAAAAAUUCCAUUAAAGAGAUUAUUUUGAGGAGGAAGAUUUAG